AUGGCGUCUGUCAGUACCGAAAGUGGAGUGCAGUUUGCACCAUAUUCUAGUGCUGUUGAUGCUGCAUUUUGGCAUAGACUUACGCAGAACAAACUGGAAAUAUAUCAGUUAGACGACAAGCCUCAACCGCUACAGGGAUAUUACGUAAACAGUGAGUAUGGUUCAAUUAGGGAAUGAGUGAUCAAGCAUAAUUUUGGUAAAAUUGAACAAACGCAUUUCUCUGUGAAUUUUGAAAUUAAGACUCAUUGAUUAUAACUUACGCUAGAUACCAACCAAUCCAACAGGAAAUCGGACUUAAUUCCGAAGUAAUUUUUCGUGGUUUUUCUUCAAAAGAUUAGAUAGGUACCAAUUAUAGCUACUCCUUUAAACUAAGGCUAAUUUUCUUUUGUAUUUAAUUAAGCUUAAUUUCAGGUAAAAAUUGUUAAUCGGGUUCAAUGUAAGUUUUAAGUAGGUAAUUUAGUGUUAUAACUGAGUUGAAAACGUAAAUUGGCCACCGUAAAAGGUAAAAAAGCUGACGUUUCGAGCGUUAGCCCUUCGUCAGAGCGUUAGAUAUAAGUAAUCUGGUUUUCUGAAACAAAUGCCAAGCCUGAGAGUGACUCUAGAAGAAGCUUGAUGUAUUCUGUGUUCUGGCUGCGAGCAACAUUGCCACAAUGCAGGGGUUAUAUUAAGGGUAAAUUAGGGUAGUACAUGGGGAUAAAGGGAGAAUUUUGUGGACCAAGGUAGUGUGGCUUGAAACAGGCCACAGUACAACUGUCUGGAGAGAGUUUAAAGUAAUGACAACGACAAUACUUUAUUCAAGAGAAGGAAAAUGAAAAAUUGCAAAAGUAUCUCUCGAAAGGAGAUAUUCUAGAGGUUAACCCUUUACAAAAGAUUCCCCGAAUAAAAAGACCAAAACACUUUAUACAGAUAAUUAAAACAUACAUACCUCCUACUAACCAAGUUUGAGGUCUGUACUGCCAGUUAAGGACCAAGUUUUUCCACUCAGAUUUAUUGCGGCUCAAGCAUGAAGUUCAAAUAGGGGGAAAGUUUUCAAUUGAAACAAAAUUAUGAAAAAUGGUGGGCUAUAUUGACCAAUAAUAAUGCACAUGUUAGCUGUGUCAUCUAUCCCCCCACCUGGAAAAAAAAUGAAAUAAAAUGAUAAAUAAAAUAAUAAUGAUAAUAGGUGGAUAGGUACAAAGUGGUAAUUUUAAGGGCUUAGUAAGUUUCUUAAAUCUGCUUUGCCUUAAGGGGAUAGGUGAUUAAUUAUCCUCUCUCUUAGGAUUAGGGCCUGAUAUACGUAUGAUCCCUAUACCUCAACUAUCCAGAUGAACCUAUGUAGGCCAUUGAAAGAAAAUUAAGCUAAAUACACAAUACCACUAAUUCAAGGGGUGACUUGCUGUUUUUUAUGGAAAUGAGUAAUUUUGUCAUGCUUUUUUUUUUAUUGUUAGCAGGUAAUUCAAAUGAUAAAAAUAUUCUGCAACCCUUAUGUGUAUUUAGUCUGCAGGGUUUCAUUUUCUUUUCCUUAGGUGAUCCUUCAGGGCUUGUAUGCCGCUUUAAUUUGGAUUAUAAUGCCUUUUCUAUGUAAGUGCAUAAAAUUCCUGCCCCACUUAUGUGUGGCUCAGUGUUGUCCUUUUUCCAAAUGACCUUUUCCAUUUUUUUUUCUGCAAUCUGUAUGGACCUGGCAUCUUUUCAUGGCUUUUGUUUUAACCAUUUAGAUUAGAGAUAUUAGAGAAUUGGCAUGAUUCAGUACCAGGGGUAUCUGUCUGACUGAAAAGAAUGAUUUUAUAUUCAUUUUUGGCUUGAAAACUAAUAUAAAAUAGUAACUGUGGACCAUGUUUAAUAAUUAUAUAACUUUUAUUUUGUUACUGAUAACUAAUAGCUGGAUAGUACAGAGGAUCUUAAUAAGUUAAAAAGAGGAAAGGAUGACUUUAUUAAGUGGUUUCAUGCCAUUGUUGAUUUAGAUCUGAGGGAAGGCAUUCAAAGUUUAGUGUAAACUUGAUUUUCCAGUGAGAAGCCAGCACCUCAAAGAACAUAUCCUAUGCAAGGAACAUUGAUCAAUACAAACACUAUUGAGGCAUUCAGAACAUACAAUAAAAUGGAGCUGAUCCAGUCAUUUGGACAAAAGGUAAAUUAACUGUGAUGGUUAUUUGUGGAAAAUGGUAGGAUUUGAAUUCUAAUGUUCUUACUACCAUUAACCAUAGUUUGAUUUGCAGAAAAACUCUGACUAAAUAAUUCCCUUGGGAGAGUUGUGCAACUUUAUUAUGUUAAUUGACUGAUUCAGAACAUCAUCUCCAUACAGUACAUCUACAGGCGCAUAGAAAUAACAUCUUCAGAAUGCCUUAAAUGUGACCAGUUCUGCUUACAAUUUUCAGAGUCCACAACAAUCCUUACAGAUGGAGUAUUGAAAACGUUUUUACCAACCAGUUCUAUGAUUGCCAAUGAUUUAUGAAAAAAGCCAAAACAUAUAAUGGAACAUUCCAUCAUAUGUUUUUCACAUGCCCUUUAGUCAGUUACGAAGUGACUAAAAUAUAACUAGAAAAGAAGCAUGACUUGAAAUGAAUCAUUAGUUGUUUAAAUAAGUCUUAAACUUUGUAUUGAAGAUAUGGGAUAAUGUAAAAUCAAGCAAGGCUUUGGAGGACCCAUCAGUGCUUUGUCAGUUUGUGCUUAUGACAUUUGCUGUAAGUUCCUUUUUUUAUGUUUUCUGGUUCUUGUAUCAAUAAGUGGGAUAUAGUAAAUGAAUAAUGUUAACAAUGAUCAUAAUAUUAAUUUCAUUUGUCUUACGAGAAUGCAUCAGUUGAUAUUAAGUAAAUUCUGGUGUAAGUCCAUGCAAAGGAACAGAUGAUUAAACUGAACAAACUAUUGAUAUUUAUAUCAGUGACACUAUAUACAGAAGAGAACUAGUAAUAAUUAUUGGUUUCCUCUCAGAUAACUCUGAGUGUUUAGUAACAGAGUGUGUCAUUAACUUGUAGAUGUUGUGGUUAAAAAUUUUCUUGGCUUAAAAUAUAUUCAUUGAUUUUUAUUUUCCUUUGUUUUGUGUUGUUAUAAAUGUAUAGAAGACAAAGGAAUAUAAAAUCAACUUGGUUUGAAAAAUUGCUUGAAAUCAAGAAAAAAUUAAAUAACUCCAGAAAUGUUGCAGCAAGAACAACAUGUACAAGUAGUUGUUUCAGAAACUUGUCCAGCUGAGCAACUUUCCUCCAAAAUAAGUGAGAAAUAGUGCUGGCUGUUGUGGUUAAUGAUGUAAUCAUUCUUCAUGUGUUUUUCAUCAGGAUCUAAAGAAAUAUAAGUUUUAUUACUGGUUUGCAUUCCCUGCUUUAUGUCCUGAGACCAGUACUACUCAUGUGGCUCCUCCUGUUCAUCUCGGUGACUACUUUACACCCUCUCAGGUGAGAACAAAUGUUCAGUUUGCUUGUUUUUUUGGUUGUUAAAUGACAUUUGACUUGAUUGUGGGUUAAGGAUUUUAUUAUUAAAUGCUUAAUAUGUUUAUUUUUAUUAAAUUUAUUUGUUGUUUUAACUCUAUAGAUUGCUAGUCUCCAAGCAUCGUAUGAUUCUCUCUCUGUGGGUGGUCUUGGUGAGUAAUUAUGAUUAUCAGAAUCAAGCUAUGAGUUUUCUGUAGUUCAAUUUAACACUAAAUCCCCAUUAGGAACCCACAAACAUAAAUCAAAGGCUCCUUAGAGUUACCUCACAAAUUUCUUAAUUUUUCAAUAAAGUGAUGAGAGCCCUUUGCCAUCUCCCUCCAAUAUUGCAUGACAUACCCUUUACACCCUAACAUCAGUAUUCAUAUUCUCCAUACUGUUCUCUGUACAUUUCCUAAGGUGCUGACAAGGAGAAUUUGUUUACAAUCAAGAGUUUUCUUUAGUUGGUGAUCAUUUCCUUUGUUCUCAUGACAUUAAUGUGUGAUUCAGAGGUAAUAUUGUAAGGAGAAAUUAAAUGCUAGUCACUCUUAGGGGAUAAAAGGUUAAAUCACUAGUUAAUUAUUGAUUUCAAAAGCACUAGCCAGAGUGCUGAAAGGAAACCACAUGCUCAAUAACAACAGUCAAAUUGAUGGCCUAACAGUAACUAUGUUCAUAGUUACCAUGGUGUAAAAAUGAAAGAACUCAAUUAUCCUUCUUUAACUACCACAGUCAUUGAGAUACCUUAAUGUGAGAUGCAUUAUGCUUGUCAGCACUUUUAUUUUGAUACCCCUUAUAAAUUAACAAUCAGCACUUUUUUUUACAGAUUGUCAUAAUCAAAGGAUUAUGUUUCAACAGUGACUUAUUAUUGAUUAUGGCCCAGGUCACACUACAGCCCAAACCAAAAAUUAGGCAGCCUAAAAAUUUUCGAAAAGUUGAAAGCACAACCAGAAGAGCUGAAAAAUGUGACACAAUAUUUAGGUCACACUACCAAAAUACAUAAAUAGGUCAAAAUCAACACAGUUGAUCAGAUUUCAUUUCUGGUGCAUAUUGUGUGGUAAUAAACAUGAACCCAAAUCAGGCAUUUUGCUUUGCUUUUGCCAUUCUACCUCUGCAAAUUAUUGACAUGCAACAGCAGCAAAUGUUUGCCUUUUUCAUCCUGUAUCAGAGAUGGGUAAAUGAAUACAUGCAAAUCCUGAAUGUCGCUUUUCUAAGAAGAGGGUGGCAUUUACGUAAAAUUUGUGUUGUGCCUUACACAAGGACCAUUCCUCACCCAGCUGAAUUAUGGUUUGAUAUUCAUUACUUGAACCCUGUGCUCCUCUUGCAGUCAUUUGUUGUAUUGUUUUUUUUCUUUUUCUGCCAAACCCUCAGCUGACCUGGAGCUGGUUGGGCCAUCACUCUCACCACACUCGCUGGUCUAUCGGACCAAUUAAGCAAAAUUCUGCUGGGUCCUGCUUGAUCUAAGAUUGGUCCAGCCAAUAUAGGGUUGAAACGACAAAUAUUUUGGCUUGAGAAUGAUCCCAGUGCAUAAAAUAAAGGAUAAUAUAAAGGAAAACAUCCAUCUAUGCUGAAAGUUGGUGGGUGAAUAUCAAAAUUCCUGCCAAUUAAAUAGUUUAACUGCAGGUCAUAUCUAGCUCAAAUGACUGGCAUUGACAGCUUUGGAAGCAGUGUCUUCUUUUUUUUCGAUUUUUUCAAAAUCUGCCUGCUCCAUCCAUGCACUUAAUGUCAUUGAAGUUUCUGCAGACUUUCCAAAAUUUUAGAUAUUUGUAAUACACCGGUCGCAUAAGGAAAUGCAUUGUGAUGACAGACAUUAAUCCUUUUUUGAUGGAUUAUUGAUCAAAACUUCCCUUCUGCAACCUGGGCCUUUUUUACCAUCCUUCCCCUUUUUUUCUAACACCUUAAUGUGAGAUACAUAAUGCAUGUCAGCAUCUUUUAUUUUUUUUAACACUGUCAAAGAAUAUUUGAACCAUUUAAUUUAAAUUAAUGUGACAGAACUGCACAGUUUUUUUUUCUGGUAGAGCUUUCCCCCUAAAACAGAUUUUAAGUUAAAGUAAAAAAUUCCAAGAAAAUUGAUUUGUUGCCAACAGGACCUGGAUUCUUUCUUGUCAAGGUUACUGAAAGUGAGGUGACUGUGGGAAGUAUAAGAGAAUGGGAGACAUUUUUUAGCAUGGAUGAUUCAAAGGUGAGGCAGAUGCUUAGAUCUGUCACACAGAGUUACAACAGAUUUAUGUUACACUCCUUAAUCAAAACAAGAUAAUCUUGAUGUAUGUCAUAUACAGUAAAAUGCAAAACCAAACCAUUAGCUAUUGGAAGAAAGUGGUGACAAAGGCUUGGGACAAAAUGGAAUAAUUUAUUUUUGCUAUUACUAGCACCAUGCCUUUGUCCAACUGCAGAGUAAGCCCAUCUUCUCCCACUUGGCUAAGAGGAAAUGAAAGAGACUUCUCCCCAGGCUAUUGAACUACAGUAUGUAUGUGGCUACACACAUGCUAUUGCAUUUCUCUGCUAUUUGUCAUGUUUGUGAUGCCUUUCAUUGUCUUUUCACUAAAACCCACAUAUUUGGAAGGAAAAAAUUAGCAGAUAUAUUUGGUGAAGGGGAGAAAAAAUUAGGGUGCUUUGUUUAUGGUAAUAUUUAGAAAGAUCUUACAAGAAUAAACUAAAUCAGGAGAAUAAGUUUGACUCUGUGUGAAAUUAAUCUAAAUUGAUCAUAGCAAGAUUUGUGCUAUCUCAAAUAGAUUAAUACCUAUGAAGGAGCUAAGAUUUAAUUUUUUAGAAAGUGAUGAGUUAUUGUUGAAUGUACAGUUCAUGGUGGGAUUUGCCGAUCCAUGCACACUGCCAAAAAAUCCAGGCUGGCCUCUUAGGAACUUUCUUGCUCUGCUGUCAUACCACUGGUAAGUACAUGUGGAAAAUGUUGAUGAGCAGAACUCAUUGAUUACAAAGAAAUUUUCUUCUGUCUUGCACUCUGCUAGGAUCAGCAAUGUUGAAAAUGUCAUGUGAGUAGAUGGAAUAAAAACUAUGGUAAAUUACAGGCUUGCUAAUGAAAUAAAAAAGAUGUUUUUUGCCUUGAUCAUGAGACAACAAGAUCUUAGUCCACAUUAGGAGUCAAACUUUAAACUAUUACUUUUGUGACCUCAAUUUGUUUUUGUGGUUAAAUUUACUAUGGUUACUGGUACCUUUAGUUAAGAUGAUAUUCCUGUCAUUGUUACAUCCUUUUGCACAUAUUUUUGUGCAUCUUACCAUUAUGAUUAAAUUUUUCCUGUAAGUACUGGUGGCCAUCUUGCACAUCAAUUAGUUGCAAGAGUUCUAUCAUUUCUUGUACUAUUACUCUUAAAUAUGUUUCUAUCUUCAAUUACAGGGGUACUGCACUUGAAAAUGUGAAGGUUUUAUGCUUGCGAGAUCAAGUCAGAUCUGGAAAAAGAGAAACAUCCCACAGCUUGGUGUUAAAUAUCAAACUACCCAUGUUUACUAAAACUGGUAAUGAUUCAUUGUUAUUCAGUAAUACAGUGUAAGCAUGAACAAGAAAAGCUUGUAACCGGGUUAUGGUCUUAGUUUCCUAAGCUUUCAAAAUCAUAAAUUUAUGGAGGAUGAUGAAAGAUUCUCUUGGGUUUAUAUCUUUAGGAGAGACUAAGAUUUCUAUUGUUUUCCUCUUUCAUAAACAAAGUAUUCUAAGAUCUCUUUCUCUUUGCACUGGUGGUUCAGAAGAGUUUUUGUUUUUCACCCGAUUUCAAAAUAAUAUUAAGGUCUCUUUCAAGAAAACAAAAGUAACAGUUACAAUAAUUUAUUUAUUUAAUUAUUUCUCUUCAGUGAGUUCUACUGAAUUUUGUUUUUCUCAGAGAGUCCCAAGUGUGUUGGCUGGGAAAAGAAUAAAAGUCAAAAGCUAGUACCAAGGAUGGUGGAUCUGAGUUCUACUAUGGACCCUGAGAGGUGAUCACUUUUGAGUGCUAACACUGCAUUCUUUCUAUAUAUGUAUUUAGCUCGCUAUAGUUUAUUUUUAAUAGUUUUUUUAAAGGCUUAAAAUAUAGAACUUGCUUCGUAGGUCUUUAUGGUUUUAAGGGCCUUUUCUGCAAAGCUCUACACACACUGUUUUCUGCCUAGAGCUUGGGAGAGAGGUAAAUCAUUGUUCGUCUGGAUUUGCAUUGAAUUCUAGGCUUGCAUCAUCAUCAGUGGAUCUGAACUUAAAGCUAAUGCGAUGGAGAUUGCUACCAUCACUUGAUCUGGACAAAAUUGCACAAACAAAAUGUCUUCUCCUUGGCGCUGGUACCCUUGGUUGUAAUGUGGCCAGAUGUCUAUUGGUAUGCUACCUAACUGUAAUGUGCUAUCAUAGAUAAACAUUGUGUUAACAAGCUGAAAAAUAUCGGACACCUUACCCAUGCCAUGAAAGGACGGACCCAUAAGCAUAUUAGGAACAGGAUACAAGAUAGUGAGCUUUGAAUGCUGGGCUUCCCUCAUCCAGCGGCGGAGAGACAGGCGGAGAUCUCAAAUACAAGACUGACUAAACACAAACGAGCGAUUUGAAAAAAUGACGCGAACGGUCAUUUUUCUGAAAAUACUUCUAUCACGAACUGCUUUUAUGGGAUGACCUCAGAAAGCUGGUUAACUGUCUAACUGAGAAGAGACUCUUCUUAACGGAUGUCAACAACCUCUGGCUCCAUGUGUAUUACUCAUUCACGACAUAUUGACGUGACAAACGACAUAACUUCACCAAUGGAUCAUGACUAACCAAACGGUUUACAGUCAAGUCGCCCGAGAGUCAUCUCGCCCGAAGUCAUGUCAGGUUGCCCGUCGCCCGAAAAAAAAAAGUCAAGUCGCUCGAAGAAACAAUACUAAAAACAUCAGAAUUUCAGACUAUAAAUAGACAAUAAAGUUGGGAAAUUUUUAUCACUAAGGCGCUCUUUCUUUCCGACAACUCCCUGAAGAUUCUAAAAGCGGAAAAAAAAGAAACAAAUACCAAAAACAUCAGAAUUUUAGUGUACGUUUGAGUAACGAUUCUAGAAGCGUUAUUCGUUUCUAGCAACAAAGGAAAGCGUUGUCCGUUUCUAACAACAAAAUGAAGCGUUGUUCGUUGGUAUGUACUCGUUUCUUACUAACGGACAUUUCGUAAGCUUGAGGAACUCUUUCUUGGUUUCUAACAAUACCAUGAAGACUUUGACCGCACAGAAAUCGAUCGCAUGGUCGGAAAUGAAAUAUGUUUGAGUAACGAUUCUAAAAGCGUUGUUCGUUUCUGACAACAAAGGCAAGUAUUGUUUGUUUCUAACAACAAAAUGAGGCGUUGACUUGUCGAACGCGACAAUCGACAUUCGUUUACCAAGUUUUUUCAUCUGUUAUUGUUAAGAAAGUCAGAAAUAGACACAACAGAACUUUACUUGUCAUGGUAUUGUUAGAAAACAAGAUAAAGUUUCUCAAGCUUACGAACCGUCCGUGAGUAUGAGACGAUUACAUACCAAACGAACACUUCAUUUUGUUUUUAGAAACGAACGACGUUUCCCUUUAUUGAAAGGAACGAACAACGCUUUUAGAAUCUUCGAGUUGUCGGAAACAAAGAGCGCUUUAGUGAUAAAAAUUUCCCAACUUUAUUGCCUAUUCACAGUCUGAAUUCUGAUGUUUUUAGUAUUUGUUUCUUUGGGCGACUUGCCUUUUUUUUCGGGCGAUAAUAACUAAAAUUUCGGGCAACCUGACUCAGGUUUCGGGCGGCAUGACUCUCGGGCGACUUGACCGGUUACCAACCAUACACAAGUGACUCACGCUGCUUUGGUUCUACUUCCAAUAACAUCACGUCACAAAUGGCCAAUCAGUUCCCAUGAAUCAGACCACAAAUCCUCCAUUUAGCACCUUCCCCUCAAAUGAGCGCGCCUUACGAAUAAACGCCCAACGCUCCCCCCCCUCAAAAAAAGGAUAAUAAGCACUUCUUCCCCUCCUGCACUAUAUUUUAUUGAGGGUGAUAACUUUUGCCGAAUUAGUUGCUGUACUAGAUUUGCACAUUUAUUCUGUGCAUUUUCCAAUUGUUAAAUGUUUUUCUUUCUUUUUAAGGGCUGGGGUGUUCGAACCAUUACCUUUGUCGACUAUGGAACUAUUUCAUUCUCCAAUCCCGUUCGUCAAACUCUGUUUGAGUUUGCCGACUGUCAGGACGGAGGCAAGCCUAAAGCAGAGACUGCCGCGUCUGCACUUAAAAGGAUAUUUCCUGGUGUGGUAAGAUUUACUAGAGUGCCAGUACUAUUUUGUUUAAUAUUACUGAUUGUGAGGAUGACACCUAACAUUAUCAAACCAUCACUUAAAUUGUUCAAUUUCGUUAUAGUUGGUUAGUUAGUUGUGUAGGUUGGAAGGAAUUUAAUAGCCAUUCCACUGUUUAUAUAACUUUUAUUCAGUGGUUUGUGUAUUUGAUUAUCUUUUUUUUUUGCCACUCUGUAAAACGUUUGUGUUUUGUCGAUAGAAUGCGUCAGCUGUACAGUUGUCCAUUCCGAUGCCAGGCCACUCUGUUGGACAAUCUCCAGGUAAAUUAAACUUUCCUUUGUAAGUUGUUUGAUAUAUCACUAUCUGAUCUGUGAUAAUUUAUCUCUACAAUGUUUCAAUAACGACAAUUACUUUUAAAGAGGAUAUGGAGAAAGUUCAAGGAGAUGUGAAAAAACUUGAAGAGUUGAUUGAAUCUCACGAUGCUGUAUUUCUGCUGAUGGACACACGAGAAAGCCGCUGGCUACCGACAGUUAUUGGCGCUGUUAAAGGGAAGGUAAUCUUAGGCUAACUUUUAUGGAACUUUGAAAAACCAACCCGGUACAGUUAAAGUAAAGAGGCAGCUUUCAGAAAAAUGGAUAUACUUCAGUAGGUACUUUGACAUCUCAAGUACUUUACAGACCACUAGGUAACUAUGAUGACAACUUGAAGUUUGAGAUCAAAAACCAGUUUCACGGCUCCAGACGAAUCACAUGAGACUCGUAUAACUGUAAGAGGCAAGUUUGUAGUAUCCAACUUCAUUUGAGGGAAUGAUUGUUGUCAAGUGUCGAUAGCUAUCAUGAGGUUCAAAAACGUGCACGUAAAUUUUUUUUCAGUUUGUUAUUACAGCGGCUCUUGGUUUUGAUACAUUCCUUGUGAUGCGCCAUGGUUCCAGACAGAAAGCGCAUGUUAUUUGCGAAGGAGCGUCCAAACUAGAGUCCAUACCAGGAGCCUCUCUGGGCUGUUAUUUUUGUAAUGAUGUGGUGGCACCAGGAGACGUAAGUCAUUUAAACCACAGUACAUACUAUUUAAGCGAUAGACCGACCUAUCGGUUUACCGGCGUUAUAACCUACUUGGGAUUUUGGAAGAACACAAGAAAGCUUCUUCAAGUUUGUAGAUCGUGAGCCGGAGGCAAGUCAUUCACAAACUUUCCGAGUGUUCUCCCAACAUUCUGAGAGGAUUAUCGCGCUAUUAAACCGUUUGGAAGUGCGGUCUAUUACUUUUACAAAUUAGAAUUAAAACAAAACACAGUCUGUUUCAAUUUUAUAUGGGAUCACCGAUGCAAUAAACAAUAGGUUUUUGACCAAUCAGGGCGCUCGUAAUUCAGUUUUUCUUUAGUAACUUGUAGAAGUCCAACCUCAGAUACUUAAAUCAUUUAUAUUUUGGAGGUGUUUCUUCCCUAAGGAGUAAUCUUUUUUAGUUAUAAAAUAAGAUUUUGAAUACUUUAUCAGUAAUGACUCAGUUUUUGACGUUAUUUUGUGGAAACAGUCCACUAGAGACCGUACGUUGGACCAGCAGUGCACAGUAUCCAGGCCUGGUAUGUCAUACAUAGCGAGUGCCCUGGCUGUUGAACUUCUGGUUUCUCUCACUCAACACCCUCUGGGGUAAGUAGGAAUUCUUGUGUUAUCGCUUAAUUCAAUUUGUAAAAUUACGCUAUAGGAAUGCCCAUUACAUACGAAUCCCUAUAACGUCCUGUUACACGGACAAUGAAGUUCUAAAUAUGCAGUGGAUGAAAUGGAACACAAAGGAUAAGAUUGGCCUUACAUUUCUCACUGAGACUAGUCAAAAGGUCUCAGAUGGUCGAAGGUAAAAUAACCGAAAGUAAACAAAUUUAUCGGAAUGAGAUUAGUUGACCUUUAUGUUGCCUAUCUUAAGUGUAUGAUAUGACUGAACGUAUAUUAAUCAGUGUAAUGGGUUUGACUUUGACAGCAAUGAAGCGGCCGCUGACACAAGCGCUAAAGAAGCUCAUCUGUCAGCUGAUCUGGAGUGUAAGUUGGGCCUUGUACCUCAUCAGGUAAGAUUGUUAUUCGUUCUAAUAGACAAUGUAGUGAUGUCAAUAUAUUUCAUUUAUUAGGCAAAGUUUAAUGUCAGUUUGCUUUCUUAGUAGAUACUUUGUUUGUGUUUCUUUCAAGAUUCGUGGUUUUCUUUCAAGAUAUCAUCUAGUUCUUCCCGCAAGUUUAGGCUUUGACAAAUGCAUUGCUUGUUCUUCCAAGGUAUGACAAACUGUGAUUGCCAUCAGAUAACGUUUUUUUCCUCUUAUUCGUGGUCUUAGAACACUAGGGGGCAGGUUUCUGUGAGAAACAGCUUUGGCCCGAGGGCUUUACCUCUUAGUAAUUUGCUAAUGGAGAUAUGCUGCUGGAUGGGGUUGCAUUUUUCAAAACUGGAUGGACUAUGUUGGGGUUGCUUUUUAAUACAGUUUCUUGAAUGGGGUCACACAUCUGCAAGAUAUUGGUAAGGAAAAGGUGUUCUACACUCAGUUUAACAAAUUAGGACAACCAAAGGCUUUAUAAUGUACAUCUAUCACUAGAUCAUAACAAAGUUGGGAUCGCGAAAAUUGCAUUUGCCAAAAAGACUAAGAUGGGGUCCAUAAUUGGCCACAGAAUAGACUAUAAAUGAAGUAGGGGUUCUGAGAGGCCAGCGGCACUUACCCUGAAAAAUUGACCCAAGUGACCCUCUACCCCAACCCCCCGGGUUUUAUACCUGCAUUUAUCCCAAUAAUUCUUAAUUAUUGCAACGUGUUUCGAGGAAAUCGUCUGUCACAAAACAACUUGUUCUCAGUUAAGUCACUGCGACUUGUUGGCAAGGGUGUGGCUCUCACUCUUUUGUCUGUUGACAAUCGUUUUUCGCUAUCGGUCGAUCAAGUGGAAUAUAUCAAAAGCGAUUGAUAUCGAUUGUCACCGAUUUUCAUCAAGUAUUGAGUUGUCUGUUAAUUGUUCUUCCAGGUUCUGUCGAGCUAUGAAAAGGAAAAAUUUUCUUUCCUGAUAAAGGUUUUUAAUGUUCCAAGCUACUUAGAAGACCUAACAGGCCUGACACAGCUUCUUCAGGACACAAGAGUUAGCGAGGUUAGUCGAUGAUAUGUCGUUCUUGGUUUCUACAGAUUUUCUGUUUAUCAAAUAACUGUAACCAUCACACCACCACUCAGUUUGAAAAAUCUCAAUUCGGCACUACAAUGGACGGCAAACGGCAAAAGUCGAACGUCCCUCAUUCUGCUGUCUUUUUUACACUGAAUUGAAAAUAUUUGCAUCAACUGGGAACGACUCCGUUUUUUUGAAAAAUUUCCAAAUUUGAGUUAAUUUUUUGCCGUUUCCCGUGGCCAAAAACGAAAGAAAUACACUACUUACCUAGAGAAACAUCACUUCGUUAUGACGCGAUACUUUUCUACCUUACGUUGCCUAUUACAUUUAAUACAAUGCAUUAACUACUUGCAGCGCGCUACAUUUCUUGCGCAGAGGCAUUGCUUACAGUUACGAAGGAAAACGGAUACCGUGUAUUACUGUUGAUAUUGUGGAAAAGGUUGUGGCCAUUCAUGGUGGUGAAUGAAAUUGUCAUGAAGUGUAAUCUUUUUCCAUGGUAUACGCACCUCCCAUGUGGAUCGCUGAAGAAGUGUACAAGUUUGCAGAAUAUGCUGCAUCACCGAUAACUAACCUUUGCCUUUAAUUCCACUGAUUUUGGGGGGAAAAGCAAUCAAAGAAAGAAAGAAUAACUUCAGCAAUCUCAAUAUGUGCACUGUCUAUUAUAUGAGGGUGUAAUGUUGAAUAGCUAACCAUCAGACGCUCCUUAUAUCCCUUCGUUAGAACGUAAACAAACAUUGAAUAUAUUCUGGUGGAGAGGAAGUAGUAAUAGUAAUCUCACGCUGGUUUGUUGUCUCAGGUUUGGGAGAUGAGUGACGAUGAAAUGGUAGAAUAACCAAACAAAGGGAGGUCGAACCAUUGUGUGAUGAACGUCACAAGAGAGGACAAAAGGAACAUCAAAUCAAGUUUUCAACAAUGAUUAUGCCGACACGCGGCUAAAGAUGAUAAACUGAAUAUCAUCACAGAAAUUAUUUGAUUCAAAUUUUUAUUUGAAUUUCCGUUCAGCUGGUGUACUAUACAACCAAUAUGAUUUUUCAGACUUGUGGAAAACGGAAACCAGUUUCUGUUCAUCACAGAUAAAAAUAGUGUCAUAUUCGAACGUUCUAUUACCGACCAAUUUUUCAAUGCUUCAUUUUCCGUUUAGUGAACGGAUUACAAGUCAGAAUUAGAGGAACAAUCCAGAAGUCAGCGAUGUGCGGUACAUGUGACAUUUGAAAACGUCAAAAUUUACCACAUCGAACCACAUGGGGAAUGUUAAAAAGUAAUAAUUGAUUUUUUGAAUACUAAAAUAAAGUAAUUGUCUGCCCG